GACGGUCGGGCACGGGCACCGGCAGGGCUGGUCGGGAGCCUCGGUGUCCGCCGGCCCUGCCCUCGCUUGCCGGGAGUCUGAGGGCCAGUCUGGCCUGUCUGGGCUCGGCCGCUCCCGCGUUAUGUGGCAGCCUCGAGCCCCCACCCCACCUCUCCCAGGCAGGACUGUGCCCCGUGCCCCAGGAAGGCAUUUGGUGAUCUUCAGGGGUUUGAAUUCACAUCAUGGGCUGCUGUGGCCAUCCCGGGGUGGGGCGGGGGGCAGCAUUGGACGGGGUGUCCAGAGACCUGGGUUCUUGUGUCCCAGCUGCCACUCACUCCAGUGCAGCUUUGUGACCUUGGGCAAGUCACUCCUCUGCUCUGAGCCUCUGUUUCCUUGUAGAGUGGAGCUGAUUUUGCCCACCUCGCAGGGUCUUCUAGUGACCGAUUCCUCUCCAGCUGGGGUGCAGGAAAUGGAAGCUGCUGCUGACACAGCCUUGAAGACAGCCACUUGCCUGCUCAGCACCGUUACUUAGAAGAUAGGAUUCAAGAGGAGCCGCCCCCCGCAGAGCCGGCCCGGGGGCGAGCCAGGGCCCCCUCAGCCCCGGGAUGACCUCGGCCGGCAGGGCCAACCCCUACAGUAUCGUGUCAUCGGAGGAGGACGGGCUGCACCUGGUCACCAUGUCGGGUGCCAACGGCUUCGGCAACGGCAAGGUGCACACGCGGCGCCGAUGCCGAAACCGCUUCGUCAAGAAGAACGGCCAGUGCAACAUCGAGUUUGCCAACAUGGACGAGAAGUCGCAGCGCUACCUGGCCGACAUGUUCACCACCUGCGUGGACAUCCGCUGGCGCUACAUGCUGCUCAUCUUCUCGCUGGCCUUCCUCGCCUCCUGGCUCCUGUUCGGCAUCAUCUUCUGGGUGAUCGCGGUGGCCCACGGCGACCUGGAGCCGGCCGAGGGCCGCGGCCGCACGCCCUGCGUGAUGCAGGUCCACGGCUUCAUGGCCGCCUUCCUCUUCUCCAUUGAGACGCAGACCACCAUCGGCUACGGGCUGCGCUGCGUGACAGAGGAGUGCCCGGUGGCCGUCUUCAUGGUGGUGGCGCAGUCCAUAGUGGGCUGCAUCAUCGACUCCUUCAUGAUCGGCGCCAUCAUGGCCAAGAUGGCCCGGCCCAAGAAGCGGGCGCAGACCCUGCUGUUCAGCCACAACGCCGUGGUGGCGCUGCGCGACGGCAAGCUCUGCCUCAUGUGGCGAGUGGGCAACCUGAGGAAGAGCCACAUUGUGGAGGCCCACGUGCGUGCCCAGCUCAUCAAGCCGAGGGUCACCGAGGAGGGCGAGUACAUCCCACUGGACCAGAUCGACAUCGACGUUGGCUUCGACAAGGGCCUCGAUCGCAUCUUCCUCGUGUCCCCCAUCACCAUCCUGCAUGAGAUUGAUGAGGCCAGCCCGCUGUUUGGCAUCAGCCGGCAGGACCUGGAGACCGACGACUUCGAGAUCGUGGUCAUCCUGGAGGGCAUGGUGGAGGCCACGGCCAUGACCACGCAGGCCCGCAGCUCCUACCUGGCCAACGAGAUCCUGUGGGGCCAUCGCUUCGAGCCUGUCCUCUUCGAGGAGAAGAACCAGUACAAGAUCGACUACUCCCACUUCCACAAGACCUACGAGGUGCCCUCCACACCCCGCUGUAGCGCCAAGGACCUGGUGGAGAACAAAUUCCUGCUGCCCAGUGCCAACUCCUUCUGUUAUGAGAACGAGCUAGCCUUCCUGAGCCGCGAUGAGGAAGACGAGGCCGAUGGAGGCCAGGAUGGCCGUAGCCCCCAGGCUCGGCAUGACUUUGACAGACCCCAGGCCAGUGGUGGUGGUAGUGGCGGUGGUGGUGGUGGUGGUGGUGUCGGUGUCCUUGAGCAGCGGCCUUACAGACGGGAGUCAGAGAUCUGAGCCACCAUGGGCCAAGGUGCAGCAUCCGCCCCGCCAGGGAGAGGCCCGGCGUCCCACGAGGGCCCUGGGUUUGAGCAGAAUGGGCCUGGUGCCCCGGUUGCAGACUCAGUAGCGUUUUAGAUGUUUUAUGUUCCUUCACAGUGGCCUGGAAAGGUUGGCGGGAGAGUGGGCGGCCAAAGUGGGCCGCCCCUGGCCUCAGAGGCCGGAGCAGGUGCAGGGGCAGAGAGGUGACCUCUGGGGGUCCGGGCCAGGAGCCAGGGGCUUCUGCCUGAUGACAGAACAGCAGCCUGCCCAGAAGUGGCUGGACAGCCAUCCAGCCUCUGUGGGUCAAUGCUGGCAGGCUGCAGUGCACCUCACUGGUUUUUAACUUGGGGAGAAACACCAGUUUUGGCUUUCUCAACCUUAGCUUGAGUAAGACUGUUUAC